AUGGACAAAGAUUCUCCUUUAAAGAUGCCAUCUCCAAUUUUGCCAAAUGAGGAAAAUGAUCAUGAGGAGGGAAAGCUAAAGGUCCCUUUUGGAACCCCGAAAGACUAUGCAGCAAGUCCCAAAUAUGCACCCAAAAUUUUCACUCCAGGAGCCCAUGGCAAGAAAAUUGGAUAUGUGCAUCCUCACAUGUCAAGUCCAAGUCCUAGUCAUAAGCUGCCAGGUGCUGGAUCAAGGAAUGAGUUGUUUUUGAGAUCAGUGCUAUCUAGUCCGUACACACAUGAUGCUCACUCAUACACACCUAUGUCUGCAACACCAGCAGGUGUCAGCCCCCGGCCAGUGUUCAAGACCCCGGUCACAAAAGAUAAUGGAAGUCCUGCUGUACACAAGACACCUCAAGGCUCCCGGCCUCCUCUAGGAUCAUCGUCAGGGAGGAAACAGAGGGUAAUAAACCCGUUUGAUGCGGCCCUCCUGGAGCAGCUUGAUGGUCCUGUAUUUAUGAGUCCUGGGGUGUUUACUGUACAGUCCACACCCUCCACGGACGAGAAGAAGCCAUUCCGCUGGUCAAUUGAACAUAUUGCAGAACUCCACCCUGCAGACAUUGACGAAAUGCCAGUAUAUCAACAAAUUACACCAGACAAGGAAGUUGAAGAGAGAGCACAGAAAGCUAUUGAAAAUUACUUCUCUAACAAUCUGAUAGCACCCUCUCCAUGGAAUUCCAACUCCAAAGGCACAGGGGCCAAAAAUCUUGUGCAGACUCCAUUGAAAACACUGGAGCCAGAUCUUCAAGGAUCCAUUCAGAAACAGCUACCCUUUGUCACAAAGAUCCCCGAGUUGCAAGAUGCAUCAGCUCAGACAAUGCUGUCAUUACCUGUAAAUUUUGAUGUCAAGGAAGUGCUAGGUGAAUACAUGGUAUGUGAAGACACUGAACUUCAUGAAACAUCACAGAAAAAGGAAGCUGUGCAGGAUGUGUUAAGCACUUCCUCUUUAAGAAGGAAGUUGUUCUUUCAUCCAGACAAUAGUAGUUUUGCUAUUAGUCCUGUAAAGACAGCUCCUGUGAUAGAUGAAGAAGUUGACUUUAAUGGUUGCUCCUCCCCACAAGUAAUCUCAGCCAAUGAAGCAGAGAUUCCCUUCCAGCAUGCCACGCCCCUUAGGCCACCCAGCAGAAGUCAUUUUUCAUCAAGCCCAAUAAAGAAUAUAAAGGGACUAGAAACUCCGGAGUUUCAGAACAAACAACAACAAAGAGAACUCUUCAGUUCCCCAGAGCUAUCUCCCAUUGUGCGUGGACUUGUGUCCACAAAGAGGUCCUCUGGUCUCUUUUCACCACAUGAGAAAAUAUUUGGGGAGGGUACAGUUCAGAAGAACAUGAGUGUUGAAUUUGCCCAGUCUCUCAGUAGCCCUGAGGUUUCCCCCAUUAAGGGGGGCCUUUGGAAGACCCCACAAACAAAGAGCAGGUCCAAGCUGUCCAUUCAGAGUCCAGGGGUCUCCCCAAUCUGUGCCAACCCAGGGAUCCUUGAUGAUGACCAAGGAUCUUUUAUACAGGAACCACUACCAGAUUUUCCCUCAGAUGAGUCUGAUGUAGAAACAAAUACUCCUCUAGCUUCUGAUGGUCACUCAGAAAGAAAACCAACAACCACACGAAAAAUUUCCCAUUUAGCUAGGCGUGGUCAGAGAAACAUUCUUCAUGACUUUGAAGACACAGCUAUGGAGUUUGAAACAAAUGAGCAGCCUUCAAAGCAUUUACGAUUUGCAGAUGAAAUAAAGACAUCUAGUUUGCUCUGUGCAAAGGAUUAUUCCAUGGAAAUGGAUGAUCAUGGUAUUGCACCUAAUUCAACCAAUCAUGACACAGGUUAUCAGACUGCAAGUCUUCAGUCAACCAAUCAUGACACAGGGUUAGCAUCAAGUCAGAGUAACCCAUUUUCUGUGACAGCCAACAGUGAAAUUCCUCCAUCAACGAACUUGACUUCAUUGUUCAGUAAACUCCCAAUAGACUCGGUAUUACAGGAUCCAAAUCAACCCACAGAUUUCCCAGAAUUCAUUGCCAAAGAAAAUGAUGCCAAAGCAUUUAACCCAGUGUCUUCAAAUAAAUUCUCUCUCAGGGAAAAUCCAUUGAUUGAACAAAUUUUAGAUGUUACUAAUCCUGAACAGUUUGGUCAUGCUCCAUACAGUGAAGAGGAAAUUUUGGAGAGAGCUCGCAGUGUCCUAGACAUGGUAAACAGGAUGUAUCCCGAGAUGCAAUCUACAAGCACGGAUCCUGAGGAGGACUUGGCAUCCAUGAUCAUGAAUAAAACUGGAUUGUCUCUUUUACAUGAAUUAGAACCUAUUGUGUCAUCCACACCCCAAAAAAAUGGCAAGGGAGAUUAUUCAAACACAGUCGCAGCAAGUGAACAAGCUCUAGCUAUAUUAAAACAAGCCGGGGAGGACUUGGCUAAAUUUGGACACAUGCUCUCCUCAAUCAAGACUUCCAUGGAUAGCAGCAGUAUUCCUACCCAGCCAUCUUGAUGACUGUGACUUAUUAAUAAUCUCACUGACAAUGGAGCUAAAUCUCUGUCCAUAGAAAUCCAGGGAGUAUAGUGUUUGUAAUUUGUAUGAGUUUGUAUGUCACUGUUCAGUGUCCAAUGUAUGUUGUAUGCAUUUUCAGACUGCCGGAGUCCAUUAUUUAUUUGUUUUAUGUCAAAAUGUGCCAAAGCAACCCCUUAUUUUCUGCAGAAUCAUGUCAAAACUAAGGAAACUAAUUUAUUGAAUAAAAAAUUACCGCAAAUCAAUUUUCUAUAGUUAGAAAUUUUGUCAAAGUAUUUUUACAUGUAUUAUUUAUGUUCUUACCAGUAAAAAUGUGACUUACUGAGUUGAAAAUUUUUACAUACAUAUAGUUUGCUUUAGCUUUGAAAUUUGAAAUGACACUUGUGUGACAUGAGUACCAAUCUUAAUUAAAUAACUACAUGCACAUAUAUAUCAUUUGCCAAAUGAAUUCAAAUAAUUUAUAGACUAAAUUUAGUCAUUCAUUGUUUGCAUUUAAUUCCUUCUUUUUUUCUGUCAUGAUGUGUAAAUUGAUUUGAUAUUGCGGAGUUUUACUACAGCAUAAAGUCAAAUGUGUGUACAUGUAUGAUAUGAAUAAAGUUGUAUUUUAAUGAUUUUACGAUUUAACGAUUAUUAAAUAUUGAACUCUGA